GUCGAGCGAAGCAGACGGUCCGCGCAACAGCAGCUAAAGUCGAUCAAUUCGCUCAGGGAAUAAAUAACUACAAACCGCGCGGCUGUUUCAUUCUUUAUGGGAAUACCACUCGAUCGAGGACGCACGUGAGCGCGCAUACGCCGGGCUGGGACUCUACACCAUGGUUCUGACACAAGUGCCGCUGUCUUUGCGUCUCUGACCGCAGAACGAAAAGUCUGCGUCUCCCGUCGAAGGCUGUUACUUAUUGUUUUGUCGCCAGUGACUGUCAGCGAGUUGUUGCUGGGGGAAUGUUCUCCGGAUGGUGACGACGGACCGGACCGGUUGUCUGCUUGUUCGCUCCACGCGAGGGGGGAAAGACUGAGGGACUUGAGCGCGUUGCAUUUUCCCGUGGCUGAAGCGAAGGGCUGCUACGUCCACGCGUCUGACGCCGAGGCUGUCGCUUCCUCCCGCUCUGCGUGCGCUUUGGUGAAUGGGCUUCACUGCGCUCCUGGAGGCUUGACGCAGCUGGGACCGGGACAGACACGGGGACUGGGACGGGGACGUGGCGCGUCGGAUCACGCAGGAUUGUUUUCCGUGGGUCUAUUUACAUGUCCAAGCUGACCACUUUCUGACAAUGGAUUACUUUCUGCUGUUAUGCGGCAUCUUGCUGCCCGCGGUGUCCGCUGUGGAAGAGACGCUGAUGGACACGAAGUGGGCCACGACAGAAUUAGCCUGGACCGCGCAUCCUGAGACUGGGUGGGAGGAGGUGAGCGGCUACGACGACGCCAUGAACCCCAUCCGGACGUACCAAGUCUGCAACGUACGAGAGCUCAACCAGAACAACUGGCUGCGCAGCGACUUCAUCCCCCGAAAGGACGUGCUGCGCGUGUACGUGGAGAUGAAGUUCACGGUGCGCGACUGCAACAGCAUCCCCAACAUCCCCGGCUCCUGCAAAGAGACCUUCAACCUCUUCUACUACGAGUCCGACUCGGACUCCGCCACGGCCACCAGCCCCUUCUGGAUGGAGAACCCCUACGUGAAGGUGGACACCAUCGCUCCAGACGAGAGCUUCUCCAUGCUGGAGUCCGGACGCGUCAACACCAAGGUGCGGAGCUUCGGGCCGCUGUCCAAGGCGGGCUUCUACUUGGCCUUCCAGGAUCUCGGCGCCUGCAUGUCGCUCAUCUCAGUGAGGGUGUUCUACAAGAAGUGCUCCACCACCAUCGCCAACUUCGCCGUGUUCCCGGAGACGGCGACCGGGGCCGAGGCCACGUCCCUGGUCAUCGCGCCGGGGACCUGUGUCCCCAAUGCGCUGGAGGUCUCUGUGCCACUCAAGCUUUACUGCAAUGGGGACGGGGAGUGGAUGGUCCCGGUGGGAGCCUGCACCUGUGCAGCUGGGUUUGAGCCGGCAAUGAAGGAAACCCAAUGUCAAGCCUGCAGCCCCGGCACCUUCAAGUCCAAGCAGGGGGAGGUCUUCUGCCAGCCGUGUCCGGCCAACAGCCGCGCCACCUCGGGGGCGGCCAGCGUGUGCUCCUGUCGGAACGGCUACUACCGCUCGGACGCCGACUCCCCCGACUCGCCCUGCAGCACCGUGCCCUCGGCGCCGCGCAGCGUCAUCUCCAGCGUGAACGAGACGUCGCUGGUGCUGGAGUGGAGCGACCCGCGGGACCUGGGCGGCCGCGACGACACCCUGUACAACGUGAUCUGCAAGAAGUGCCUCCCGGAGCGCGGCAUGUGCUCGCGCUGCGACGACAACGUGGAGAUCUCGCCGCGGCACCUGGGCCUGACCCAGCGCCGCGUGGCCGUGCGCAACCUGCAGGCCCACACGCAGUACAGCUUCGAGAUCCAGGCGGUCAACGGCGUCUCCAGCAAGAGCCCCCAUCCGCCCCAGUUCUCCGCGGUGAACAUCACCACCAAUCAGGCCGCCCCGUCUGCAGUGCCCACGGUUCACCUGAUGGCGGCCACAGCGAGCACCAUGAGCCUGUCCUGGCUGCCACCGGAGAAACCCAACGGAAUCAUUCUGGAUUAUGAGAUUAAGUACCAUGAGAAGGACCAGGGUGAGGCCAUCGCUCAUACCAUGACUGCCCAGCGAAGCAACGCCCGCGUGGAAGGCCUCAAGGCGGGCACGCCUUACGUGGUGCAGGUCCGAGCCCGGACGGUGGCCGGCUACGGCCGUUACAGCAGCCCAGCUGACUUCAGCACCAACCUGCAGUCGGACCCCCCAAAGUCAUGGCAGGAGCAGCUGCCACUCAUCGUGGGAUGCGCCACAGCCAGCUUGGUCUUCCUCAUUGCAUUGGUGGUCAUCGCUAUCGUCUGCUUCAGAAUGCAGAGAAACGGCUCCGAGUCGGAGUACACAGAGAAACUGCAGCAGUACAAAUCCCCUAUAGUAACGCCGGGAAUGAAGGUCUACAUCGACCCCUUCACCUACGAGGACCCCAACGAGGCAGUGCGCGAGUUUGCCAAGGAGAUCGACGUCGCCUGCGUGAAGAUCGAGGAGGUCAUUGGCGCAGGUAACCCACCCAAGCUCCUGAGCUACAGGGGGAAGGCUGCUAGUCACCUCCAGGCCAUACCGUUAGAGGACUUCACACCAAGCGGGGAGUUUGGGGAGGUGUGCCGCGGCCGUCUCAAGCUGCCUGGGCGCCGGGAGAUCAUUGUAGCUAUCAAGACUCUCAAAGUGGGCUACACCGACCGUCAGAGGCGAGACUUCCUGUCCGAGGCUUCCAUCAUGGGCCAGUUUGAGCAUCCCAACAUUAUUCGCCUGGAAGGUGUCGUCACCAAGAGUCGGCCAGUCAUGAUUGUGACGGAGUUCAUGGAGAACGGGGCCCUGGACUCCUUCCUAAGGCUCAAUGACGGGCAGUUCACAGUGAUCCAGCUGGUGGGCAUGCUGCGAGGCAUCGCAGCGGGCAUGAAGUACCUGUCGGACAUGAACUACGUCCACAGAGAUCUGGCCGCGCGCAACAUCCUGGUCAACAGCAAUCUGAUGUGUAAGGUGUCCGACUUUGGCCUGUCGCGCUUCCUAGAGGACGAUCCUACGGACCCCACCUACACCAGCUCGCUGUAUUUCAUGCUCACCUACUCAUUCGCAUAUCCACAGGGAGGGAAGAUCCCCAUUCGCUGGACGGCUCCCGAGGCGAUCGCCUACAGGAAGUUCACCUCAGCCAGCGAUGUGUGGAGCUACGGUAUUGUCAUGUGGGAAGUGAUGUCGUACGGCGAGCGGCCGUAUUGGGACAUGAGCAAUCAAGAUGUGAUAAAUGCCGUGGAGCAGGACUAUCGAUUGCCCCCACCCAUGGACUGCCCCACAGCCCUCCACCAACUAAUGCUGGACUGCUGGGUAAAAGAGAGGAACCUGCGGCCUAAAUUCACCCAGAUCGUGGCCACGCUGGAUAAGCUAAUCCGCAACGCUGCCAGCCUUAAGGUGGUCACCAACAGUACACAGUCCACUGGGGUAUCCCAGCCCUUGCUUGACCGCUGUGUGCCAGACUAUACCACUUUCACCACUGUGGGGGACUGGCUGGACGCCAUCAAGAUGAGCCGCUACCGUGACAACUUCGUCAAUGCCGGAUUUGCUUCCUUUGACCUGGUGGCCCAGAUGACGGCAGAAGACCUGCUGCGGAUAGGGGUGACGCUGGCCGGGCAUCAGAAGAAGAUUCUUGGUAGCAUUCAGGACAUGAGACUACAGAUGAACCAAACACUUCCGGUCCAGGUGUGAGAGACAGGACACACAGACCCAUGCAGUCCGAGGACAACUAGACAAAAAAAACGGGAGGAACGGCGCCAGAGAGAGCCACUGGAAAACCCUAGCUGCCUGACCCAUCUCUGCCAAUUAGUUGCUACACAGAACUGGCUUGCAGUGCCUCAGAAUAGUUCUUUCAUUGUCAUCAUCCCCAAACCACUUCCAUUUCAUGUUCUUGCUUUGUUAUUUGUCAUUUUUCCUUUUUCCAAUCAGAACUUGUGUGAUUUUGAACGAGGAGAAGUAGUUACCCCCCCCCCCCCCCAUAGUUCAUGCGUGCCUCUCCAGCUCUGCUGUGAGUUGACCUGUACAUGCAUGUGUGUUUUAGUGAGGUUGAACCCAGCUCAAAUAUAUGAAACAUCGUGAGCCCUCACCUUGGUCCCUCAACGCAGCUCUGAUGGAUGGAAACGUAGCAAUGAACGAACACUCUGGUUUAAAAAAUGUGAACAAAUGUUCACACAUAAAAACAAAACAAAAAAAAACAGAGGUGUUCUGGACCCACGGGAGAUAGAGGACAUCUGUUUCCAUAAUAGAACUUGUUUUACUGUGCAUGUGUGAUGUUCUCCAUCUUCAUAUUGAAGGUGUUUUAUCUCCAAGGGCACUUUGCUGAAGAAAUAUGGGAGGAAAAAUAUGACGGGCUGAGGUCAAAGGUCAAACACAAAAGGUCAAAGGAGGCCAGACUCAUUUUUUUGUUUUGGCUGCUGAAACUCCUCAACAGGUCACUGAAAGAUCGCUUCACUGUGACCUGAAGUGGCUCAGGAUAGUUUCACAGCUCAGGAUCACCUGCUCAUCAUCUGCGUUUAUACACAUACAACUGUUUUGUUUUUGUUUGUUCAAACUGCAUUUUCUGCUUUUUUUUCCGGAUUUCAUACACAUUUCUGGGAAAUUGGUGGUUUCAAAAUGGCCCAGUCGAACCUAACUACCCCUGAAGGACGCUUUAUGUGAAUACGGGAGAUUAGGACUGUGGCAACAUCAUGGGAAGACCACUUGGCCUUUUGUGUGUGUAUUUUUGAUUGUGUGUGUGUGCGUGUGUGUGUGUCUGGAUGUGUGGAUGUGUCACGUUGCACACAAGUAUACUGUACAAUACAGCUUCUGCUAUUUGCCACCGUGGAGAAUUAACGCAUGAACUGAACCGUGACAAGGAGCAAAUAUAUCUGAAACAAUUACGCUAUAUUCUGUGGACAGCUGUAAACAUUCUUUUUUAUUGAAUCCAAAAAAAAUGAACUUUGACACACACGCACGCAAACACACACGCACACACACAUAUAUACGCACACACAUAUAUAUGUGCAUCAUGCAGAUACUGAGAGAAACCAUGACAGACAACUUACUUUCUACUUACUAUUACUGGAGAUAGAAAUAAUCAAAAUUCUGGUUUUCAUUUUUUGACAUCCUGCCCUAUGUAUUUAUUUGUACCUCACCGCCACCGCCCAGAUGGACUAGAGGCCAUUUGGGACAGUGGACUUGGAACAAUCAAAAGGAAGAGAAACAAGAGGAUUCACCCGAUAAAUUGAUGAUUAUUAAACAAAAGCAAUUGCAUAUAAAUUGGAUAUUGUAUUUUUGUUGUUGUUCUAAACAGCCUGUAAAUGUUUUAUAACAAAAAUAUGAUAAAUAACAAAAGAAAAAAAAAUGAUGUUUUGACAAAAUGGAAGUGUUGUUGUGAACUGUUUGAUUCAGAGUAAGACGAAAAGAAAGGUGGUGAAAAAAGAGAAGGGAGAGGAAGAGAUACAGUCCAACGUGCUGCCCUGUUGCUCCAUCCAUGGCAGCGAGGGUUCAAAGCUUUCGCAUUCAUUCUUGAGGUAUAGAGCAUUUUUCAGGCACUGAGCUGUUACUAAUAAGCUUCCAGGUACUUUAUUCUCAAAUCCCAAAGUCCUGUAAACAACCAGCACCUCUGUGCGUUACCAUUGAUUUACAGUUAGUUAUUUACCAUUGCCUCUCAAAACGGAAUCCCCCCGAACACCUUCCGCGUAGGACUGUUACAGAGUGGUUAUGCAGAAGGUCUGCACGAUGCCUGCUCCAUCACGGGACCUGCAGCCGAAACCCGAGCUGUCGCGGGAGAAACCUCUUGGCCCUAUGUCAGACACAAAGGCAUUACGCAGAUACGAGCAUGCAGCAGGCCGGCGCGCAGACAUACGGCGAGCUGACCCGCCAUUAUCUCUCUUCAUUUCCUGUCUGGCCUGCAAUCAUCCUGUCUCAGCUCAGGCUGCGGCAUGAUUAGUACAGUGCAGGAUCAACAGCCCUGGCACGCACACAACCGAACUCCGCAGGCCCUCGUCCUCCUAAAUGAUAGCAGCUGCAGCCCGGAGACCGUACUAUUUGCCCUUCUCAUGGAGGGCUGUUUGAAGUGGAUUAAGGGAUGGGACAGUAUCACUGGUGUGAUCUUCCAGACUGUCUCCAUGUUGUUUGGGUUGGAGCUGAUCAAUGCAAUAUGUGAAUAUUAUUAGUUAGGUGUGUAAUUAGUGUGACGUUAGUACUCGUUCAGCGUGUUUUGCCAUAUUACUUGUGUCAGCUUCUUUUAAGUCCCUUCAAAAGCCAUGGAGAAUAUUAUGCAAAACAACAUGUUCCUUAUUUUCUGUUUUUUCAUCCUAUUCCGCAUACAGAUGUUUUCACUAGUGUUAGUUCCCUUUGACCUGCAGCAGCUGCGGUACACAGUUAAGUGUUAAUACUUUAACCGUCGUGUAGUCAAGCUACGCAGGAAAUGAGGCUCAGUACUUUGAAUUGUUGUUUUUUUUUAGUUUUCAUCAUAGUGUCAGUUCAGAUUUUUGAUAUGAUGGCUCAGAAUCGCACGCAGAAUCACUUUGCAUUAAACAAAUCUGCUAACACGACGAGAAAGUGCCUGUUAGACGAGCGAACGCGUCUCUCCGACGCGAAGCGGCAUUAUUGUUAUUGUAAUCGCUGAAAAUGACAGAAGGGCAGGAUUAGAGCAGACUCGGAGGUUCCCAGGAGUCUCAGCCGCGACGCCCUCUUCCUCCACGCAGCUCAGUCAGCGAAGUCCCACUGUUGCUAACGUGCACGUGGCUCCAAACAAGAAGCGGUUGAUGCGCAUAAAAACAGAGAAGGGGGGGGGGGGGGGGGGGGGGGGGGGGGGAGCAUAUCGAGGCUAAACACAAUCAGAUGGCAGACAUUCCCACUGAUAGAAAAUGGCAGCGCUUUGGAGCUUGUAUGAACUAUUGAUGAGGUGCACAUGGUGUAUCGGGGUCUGGAGUUGUGCUCACCAAAGUCAACCAGCCGUGAGUGAUGAGCUCAAGUGGCACUGCUGCACAUCUUCCAAUGAUUAAACUGCCACCGCAUCAACUGCAAACAAUUAAUCUUUAAGUGUAUUUUUCACACGUUCUCGGGAAUGUUUAACAUUUAACAUUCACAGAGAGGGAAAGAACCAGCGAUAGUGUGUGUGUGUGUGUGUGUGUGUGUGUGUGUGUGUGUGUGUGUGUGUGUGUGUGUGUGUGUGUGUGUGUGUGUGUGUGUUUGAUCCAUCUGUUUGACUGCGCUUUCCUGGGAUUGACAUUGCUGUUCUGUGCAUGUGUGAGAGAUACAGAGUGUGUGUGUGGAAUAAAAAGGAAACCCAUUUUAUACAGAGACAUUCUGAUCAGCAGACGUGGGGAUUGUCAGAUGUUUGUGCCAGUAGGAUUUCAAUGACCCCAACAUUCCCACUUUUUCCCCCUAUUGUGUCUCCUCCACACGUCGUCAGCUCACCCAUCCUCCCCGAAGCCCUGCACUUACUAACGUCCUCCUCCUCAGCUGUCUGUUUCAAAUAAAUAUAUAAAGGCCUGUCAUUCAUUUAUCUUACUGCCCACUGCACAUCUGUCUUGGUCAUUGUUUUUGAAACCACCUUCCCGCAGAGAGAAGCGGAUGUUUCCGAGCGGGAGAGGGGGGCGGCGCUGCAAAAUGCAACUGUUAGUUCCUCUUUGCAUUGAGAUGUAUUUAAUGGUGCAGACAUACACAACUAUUACUAAAACGAUGAUGACGCAUUCUUGUAGAAAUAUUUUUAAAGACUCUUUUGCAAUUAAAUUAUUUAAGAAACAUGA